AUGGCUGCAAACGAAGAGCCAAACGAAGAGCCAAACGCAGCCUACAACAGAUCCAAUACCGAGCUCUUCGAUUACUCGAUUGUCCAUUCCGAAAGCGAGGGCCCUUACUCAAAAAACCUCCAUAUUGAUGUUGUAGUUGUUGGUGCCGGUUUUGCUGGUAUCUUUAUGCUGAAAACUCUUCGCGAUGCGGGUUUGAAAACUGUCAUUUUCGAGGCUGGCAAUGACAUUGGCGGAACUUGGCGCUGGAACUGCUAUCCUGGCGCUGGCGUCGACUCCGAAGUGCCCGUUUAUGAGUUUUCUUGGCCGGAAGUCUACAACACCUGGAACUGGUCCACCAACUACCCGGAUUAUCGAGAUCUACGAAGCUAUUUUGACCAUGUUGAUAAGAUUGUGGGCAUCAAGAAAGACUGUUCUUUCAACACGGUAGUUGUUGGGGCUCAAUUCGACACCAGCCGGGGGAGGUGGUCCAUCCGGACGGCGGAUGGUCGUGCAACAAGCGCGAAGUACUUGAUUUUGGCCACUGGAUUUGCUGCCAAGAGAUACAUCCCGUCAUGGCCCGGCAGCGACAAGUUCAAAGGACUUAUUCACCACUCCUCCUUUUGGCCAGAAGAAUCUAUCGACGUUACUGGAAAGCGCUGCGCCGUCGUUGGUACAGGAGCUUCGGGCGUGCAGAUGACGCAAGCGUGGGGUCCCAAGGCUGGCACCCUCCAAGUCUUUCAGCGGACACCGAACCUUGCAUUACCCAUGCGAAAGCGGGAGCUGACGGUAGCAGAGCAGGAGAAUAGCAAGCACCUCUACAAAGACCUGUUUCAACUCCGCGAAAAAACUUGGGCCGGCUUCUUCUUUGACUGUUCUACAACAAACUCUGGUCCGAGGACACGGGCGAGACUUUCCGAUCCCGUUGCAAAAGACGUGCUUGCACCACUUGAGAUGCCUCAUUACUUUGGCGUCAAAAGACCAUGCCUCGAGGAUACCUACUACGAACAAUUUAAUCGAGAGUCGGUUCACGUGGUUGACAUCAAACAGAACCCCAUCAGAGAGUUCACUACCACUGGCAUCACGCUUGAAGAUGGAACACACCACGAGUUUGACGUGAUCGCUCUUGCUACGGGAUUCGAUGUCGUCACCGGCGCCAUGACCCAGCUCGGCCUAGAAAGCGUUCACGGUACGAAACUGGAGAAUGACUGGGCGUCUGGUGCGAAGACAUAUCUGGGUUUAACCAUCAGCGGGUAUCCAAACAUGUUCUACAUCUACGGCACCCAAGCUCCAACUCUUCUCUGCAAUGGUCCAACAUCUGCAGAACUGCAGGGCAGGUGGAUUGCUGACGCCAUCACAAAGAUGGAGUCAUCCGGUAUCAAGUACAUAAAUGCAAAACCCGAGGCUGCAGACAAAUGGAGAAAGCACAUUCUGGAUGUUUGCGACAAAACUCUUCUACCUACUACCAGGUCAACAUAUAUGGGAGGCAGUAUACCUGGCAAGGUCUACGAGCCGGUCGUCUACUCUGGUGGUACUGCGACAUACGCUGUUGAGAUUCGAGAGGCAUUGGACAAUAUAGCGAGUGGCUUCGACCUUGUUAAGGACUGA